AGGGGUGAAGAAGGUCCCCUCUCGCUCGCCGUCGCCGCUCCGUUAGUUCGCCAGCGCACGCACCGUCUACCAGCGCCUGAGCUGGACGCGCGUCGCCGAGGGAGGCAAAUUGUGAGAGUCGGGGACCAGGCAUCCGCUAGGGGCAGCCCGUUGCGCCCGCUUCUCCCACAGAAGUUCGGUGCCCCCCACGUGCUUCCGCUUCGCUGCUGGCUGGAGUCCGCCCGGCUCGGGGCGCAGUGAUAGUUUUUCACCAUGCAUCGGAAGAAAGUGGAUAACCGAAUCCGGAUUCUCAUUGAGAAUGGGGUAGCUGAGCGGCAGAGGUCUCUCUUUGUUGUGGUCGGAGAUCGAGGAAAGGAUCAGGUGGUCAUACUCCAUCACAUGUUGUCCAGAGCAACUGUGAAGGCUCGGCCUUCUGUGCUGUGGUGUUAUAAGAAAGAGCUGGGGUUUAGCAGUCAUCGGAAGAAAAGAAUGCGACAACUGCAGAAAAAAAUAAAGAGCGGGACGCUGAACAUAAAGCAAGAUGACCCCUUUGAACUCUUCGUAGCUGCCACAAACAUUCGCUACUGCUACUACAAUGAGACCCACAAGAUCCUGGGCAAUACGUUUGGCAUGUGUGUUCUCCAGGAUUUUGAAGCUUUGACUCCAAACUUGCUGGCCAGGACUGUAGAAACAGUGGAAGGUGGUGGGUUGGUGGUUAUCCUCCUACGGACCAUGAACUCACUCAAGCAGUUGUACACGAUGACCAUGGACGUGCAUUCAAGAUACAGGACGGAGGCCCAUCAGGAUGUGGUGGGAAGAUUUAAUGAGAGGUUUAUUCUUUCUCUGGCCUCGUGUAAGAAGUGUCUUGCCAUCGAUGACCAGCUCAACAUCCUGCCCGUCUCCUCCCAUGCCGCCAGCAUUGAGGCCCUACCUCCCCAGACACCGGAGGAGAGUCUUGGGCCUUCUGAUCUGGAGCUGAAGGAGCUGAAGGAGGGCUUGCAGGACACCCAACCUGUGGGCGUGUUGGUGGACUGCUGCAAGACCCUAGACCAGGCCAAAGCUGUCUUGAAAUUCAUUGAGGGGAUCUCGGAAAAGACCCUGAGGAGUACUGUUGUGCUCACAGCUGCCCGAGGAAGGGGAAAAUCUGCAGCCCUGGGAUUGGCUAUUGCUGGGGCGGUGGCUUUUGGGUACUCCAAUAUCUUUGUUACCUCUCCGAGCCCGGAUAACCUCCACACUCUGUUUGAAUUUGUAUUUAAAGGAUUUGAUGCUCUGCAGUAUCAGGAGCAUCUGGAUUAUGAGAUCAUUCAGUCUCUAAAUCCUGAAUUUAACAAAGCAGUGAUCAGAGUGAACAUAUUCCGGGAACACAGACAGACCAUUCAGUAUAUACAUCCUGCAGAUGCUGUGAAACUGGGCCAGGCUGAACUUGUUGUGAUCGAUGAAGCUGCUGCCAUCCCCCUCCCCCUGGUGAAGAGCCUUCUGGGCCCCUACCUUGUGUUCAUGGCAUCCACCAUCAACGGCUACGAGGGCACUGGCCGGUCUCUGUCCCUCAAGCUAAUUCAGCAGCUCCGUCAACAGAGUGCCCAGAGCCAGGUCAGCACCACCGCUGAGAACAAGACCACGACGACCGCCAGACUGGCAUCAGCGCGAACCCUGCAUGAGGUUUCCCUGCACGAGUCGAUCCGAUACGCCCCUGGGGACGCAGUAGAGAAGUGGCUGAAUGACCUGCUGUGCCUGGAUUGCCUCAACAUCACUCGAAUCAUCUCUGGCUGCCCCUUGCCUGAAGCCUGUGAGCUCUACUAUGUUAAUAGAGAUACGCUCUUUUGCUACCACAAAGCCUCUGAGGUUUUCCUCCAACGGCUUAUGGCCCUCUACGUGGCUUCUCAUUACAAGAACUCUCCCAGCGAUCUCCAGAUGCUUUCUGAUGCACCUGCUCACCACCUCUUCUGCCUCCUGCCUCCCGUGCCCCCCACCCAGAAUGCCCUUCCUGAAGUGCUUGCUGUCAUCCAGGUGUGCCUCGAGGGGGAGAUUUCUCGCCAGUCCAUCUUGAACAGCCUGUCUCGAGGCAAGAAGGCUUCGGGGGACCUGAUUCCAUGGACAGUGUCGGAACAGUUCCAAGACCCAGACUUUGGCGGCCUUUCGGGUGGAAGAGUGGUUCGCAUUGCUGUUCACCCGGAUUAUCAAGCGAUGGGCUAUGGCAGCCGAGCCCUGCAGCUGCUGCAGAUGUACUAUGAGGGCAGAUUCCCUUGUCUCGAGGAAAAGGUCCUGGAGCCCUCACAAGAAAUUCACACCGUCAGCAGUGAGGCUGUCAGCUUGCUGGAAGAGGUCGUCACUCCCCGGAAGGACCUGCCUCCCUUACUGCUCAAACUGAACGAGAGGCCUGCCGAGCACCUGGACUACCUGGGGGUGUCCUACGGCUUGACCCCCAGGCUCCUCAAGUUCUGGAAACGAGCUGGCUUUGUUCCUGUUUAUCUGAGACAGACCCCGAAUGACCUGACAGGAGAACACUCGUGCAUCAUGCUGAAGACGUUGAUGGACGAGGAUGAGGCCAACCAGGGCGCCUGGCUCUCUGCCUUUUGGAAAGAUUUCCGAAGGCGAUUCCUAGCCCUGCUGUCCUACCAGUUCAGCACCUUCUCUCCUUCCCUGGCUCUGAACAUCCUUCAGAACAGGAACAUCGGGAAACCCGUGCAGCCGGCCCUGUGCCGGGAGGAGCUGGAAGCACUCUUCCUCCCCUAUGACCUCAAGAGGCUGGAGAUGUAUUCACGGAACAUGGUUGACUAUCACCUCAUCAUGGACAUGAUCCCGGCCAUCUCCCGGAUGUAUUUCCUGAACCAGCUGGGGGACCUGGCCCUGUCUGCUGCCCAGUCGGCUCUUCUCUUGGGGAUUGGCCUGCAGCACAAGUCUGUGGACCAGCUGGAAAAGGAGAUCGAGCUGCCCUCAGGCCAGUUGAUGGGACUUUUCAACCGGAUCAUCCGCAAGGUUGUGAAGCUGUUUAAUGAAGUGCAGGAGAAGGCCAUUGAGGAGCAAAUGGUGGCAGUGAAGGCCGUGGUUAUGGAGCCCACGCUGAAGACGCUGAGUGACGACCUGGAUGAAGCAGCAAAGGAGUUCCAGGAGAAACACAGGAAAGAAGUGGGGAAGCUGAAGAACCUGGACCUCGCUCAAUACAUAAUCCGUGGGGACGAUGAAGAAUGGAAUGAAGUUUUGAACAAAGCCGGGCAGAAUGCCUCAGUUGUCAGCCUGAAAAGUGACAAAGAAAGGAAGUUGGAAGCCAAACCAGAACCCAAACAGAAACAAAAGUUGAAGAAAAACAGAGAUGUGAAGACAAAAAAGAUACAAAACUGAAGUGGAAGAAAUAGUGGAGAGUAACUUGGGUGUCGGUGGCUGACUCGUAAGGAGAUACCCUGACUUUUCUGAACUGUCUCUGGCUGGACUGAGUGGCAGCUGACUAGACAUUAAAAGCAGUCGCUUCUGAAUGGGUCUGCUUAGAACUCGAUGGUUGGCAAACCUCCGGCCACCGUCCCUCCUCCCCCCAUUCCAGGCUGCCUUUCCAUUCGUUCAUAUUUUGCUUUGGGCCCAGGUUUUUUUCGGUUCCUUCUCGCAGUGUAGAAGCCACGCUCGCUCUGUCCCUUCUCGGGCGUGUCCAAGUACACGGUCUUCUGGGGAUGUUCAGGAGGCUGCUGGGGGAGCACCGGGGCCUCUUGUUAUGAACUUGUCCAACUCCCUGGGGCCUGGAGCCGCAGAGGCUCUAGCGCAGCCAGGACUGGCGUCCUGGGACCCACAUUGCCGUGUGCCGUUCCUCUCCUGGCCCUGCAGUGGCCCGGAAAAGCCUGAGUUCUUAGGAUAGGAAGGAUAUGACAUCUGAGUCCCCAAUACCUGUUAUUUCAUCCAUUUGGGCAAAAUGUUGGAAAGACCCUUUUGCUGGCAGGGGUGAGGGGGUUAGAGAAUCUAUUUUUUAAUAAAUUACAUCCUAGAAAGAUC